UUGUACUUGUUGUUUGGCUUCCGAGAAAAUGUAAAAGGGCAAGGAAGCGGUGGAAGAUGAAAAGGAAAACAAGCUUUCUGAAUGGGAGACUGUUCUCCAUCUUAAGUUUUCGAACUAAAAACCUACUUUUUAUUAGCGCUUCUUUUCCUGCAAUAUCUCAACAACCAAACGGAGCGCAUCUCUCAGAACUACGUGUCGCUACGGCACCCUAAUUUUGUAGCAUUUUGCCGCGUGGUCUUAAAAGUAUAGUGGAGAAUUUCCUGGGACUUGAAUGAUGUGAUCUAGAUACUUCCAAUUGAGCCAGAAAAAGAUGCUUUCUUUGUUUUCAGUUAAAAUUCGAACAUACAAUUGCUAUUUUUGUCUCUUUCAAUCUUAUAGCAACAGUUUCGUCUUAUUUAUAUGGUUAAGUAGGUUUUAUAAUUUGGGUGCUCGAGCUGGGACCGUUUGAUUCCGAUGCUUACUCAUAUGCUAUUGUGUUGUUAGUAUUGGCUCCUUUAUGAUAUGCUAUAUAGCAUUUGCUUUCAUGGAAUAGAUUGUUCUAAUGGAAUUUGCUUUGUGGGAAUAUUAAAUAUGGGCUUUCGCUUCCAAAGUCUGAAUGGUCUUUUUAAAAAAAAAAAAAAAGAUAUUAUUUUCUUUAAUGCCUGUGUUGUUUUUUCACAUAAUAAAUCUUCUCUUCUUGCUGCGUGCUUUGCCCUAUUUUCCUCUUUGUUUUAACGGUGUUUUCUUCAGUGUUAGAUACGAAGCUUUUACAUUUGUGUAUUGUAGAAUAUGGAAUAAAUGCGUCAGCAUAGACUAGUGAGGGUUACUGUUUGAUAAAUGUGCCGCAAUGGCGGACAAUAGCAGCAGGAAGGGUUGAGAGAAUGUGGGCCAAGGUGAUGAGAAAAGACUUGAUUGCACUGGGACUAAUGGAGUCUAUUUGGGCAGAGCCCUCUCCAACCACCGGUUCCUUUGUCAAGACUAAAGUGGUGCAUGGCGCUGUUGGUUCUGCUACACAUCUGGUAACGACAGUUUGCUCCAACACUGAUACCUUCAAUGAAAGAAAUUCCAGCUGCUUCAAAUUUGAACCUCAUGCUACAUCAAAUAUGGUUCCUGCAGAUCUGAACCACCAGAGAAGUGAACAAUCUAUGCAAGUCCAAGGUCAGUGCCAACCUCAUGCGUUUGCAUCAUCAGCAUCAGUGAAAAAUGAGAUGACCAAUUCCUCUAACAAUUUGAGUCUUUCAGCACCAAUUCACAUGGUAACUUCAGUGGCCAGUGCACCUGCUGAAGUUGAUUCAGAUGAUCCAAGCCAUGGAGCUACCCCAAAUACCAGGUUUCAAGCUUCACAACUUGAUCCUAAAGGAAAUGGAGUUUCUGCUGUCACUGAGAGGUCAUCAGAGGACGGAUAUAACUGGCGAAAAUAUGGACAGAAACUUGUUAAGGGAAGUGAAUUUCCACGUAGCUACUACAAGUGUACACAUCCUAACUGUGAAGUGAAAAAGUUGUUUGAGCGCUCUCAUGAUGGACAGAUAACUGAGAUAAUCUACAAGGGGACACAUGAUCAUCCUAAACCUCAACCUAGCCGUCGAUAUACUGCUGGCACCAUUAUGACCAUCCAAGAAGAAAGAUCUGAUAAAGCUCAAGCUUUAACUGGCCAAGAUGAGAAGUCGGCUAUCUAUGGACAAAUGUCCCAUACAGAUCCAAAUGGCACUCCUGACCUAUCUCCUGUGACGGCAAAUGAUGAUAGUCUAGAUGGCGUGGGUUCAAUACCAAAUAGGAUCAACGAUGAUGUUGAUGAUGAUGAUCUGUUCUCAAAACGGAGGAAAAUGGAUAUUGGAGGGCUUGAUGUCACUCCGGUGGUUAAGCCCAUCCGAGAACCACGUGUAGUUGUCCAAACUCUUAGUGAGGUAGACAUACUGGAUGAUGGGUAUCGCUGGCGUAAAUACGGGCAGAAAGUGGUCAGAGGGAAUCCUAAUCCAAGGAGUUACUACAAGUGUACAAAUGCUGGAUGCCCUGUUAGAAAACAUGUGGAGAGGGCAUCUCAUGAUCCCAAAGCAGUUAUAACCACAUAUGAGGGAAAGCACAAUCAUGAUGUGCCUACUGCAAGGACAAGUAGCCAUGACACAGCAGGACCGACAGCUGCAAGUGGACCAUCAAGGAUUAGAUCAGAAGGAAACGAUGCCGUUAGCCUUGAUCUUGGGGUUGGGAUCAGCUCAUCUGUUGAAAAUAGGUACAAUGAGCAUAGGCAGACACAGCAUUCUGAAAUUCUGGGAAGCCAAACAUACGCAAGCAGUUCACAUUUCAAGGUAGUUCAAGCAACCCCAGUUUCAACUUAUUUUGGUGUUCUAAACAGUGACUUGAGUCGAUAUGGAUCUAGAGAAAAUCCAAGUGAACGCCGUAACAUUGAAAUCUCACCUUUAAACCAUUCCUCUUACCCAUUUCCACAAAACCUUGGAAAGGUUCUGACGGGUCCAUGAGAUUGUUUUCAAUGAAAUGAGAAUAGAAAUAAGAUGCUGUGUGAUUUUAUUAUAUUUAAUUUUUUUCAACUUUCCCCCACUUUUCGGUGGUUAAGGACAACAAGGCAAGAGUCUCUUAAUAAGAUUCCUUUACAUGUUACUUUAGUAUCUGCGUACUGUUCUUGAUAUCGACUGCCUCCCUGCAAAUAUGCCUUACCAAGUCCAAUACUGUUUGUAUAAUGUUGACUUCUUGGAGAAUACUCUGUAUAAAUAUGAAUUUUUAAGACUGGUAUUACCAUCUGACAGGAAGACAUUAUUGUAACUCAAAAGUACUUGUAAGAUAUUGGUGAGAAAUAUAGUUUUGUUAUAUCUUUUUACUGGAA